AUGACCAACUGGUUUCGCCAGCGAAACAUCAACGUUCGCGCGCACAACCUGUUCUGGGCAGUCGAGAAUUUCGUGCAGCCGUGGGUCAAGGUGAGCAUUGCUACACUUUAUACCCUUUACAAGGCCCCGCUUCCUGGCUCUUCCCCUCCCGUUUCUGCCUCUCCACCCGCCUCAAGCCUUCCGCUUCCCCACGUCCGUCUCGUUUCCCCGCCCUUCCUCACCCCGUUCCGCCUGGACUUCGCAACCCCCUCCCCCUUCCUCAGCCCUUCCCCUUCCCUCUUCCCCCCACGCCCUCUUCCUCCCCUGCUGCCCCCCCCACUUGCUUCCGCCUUCCAGAACCUCAACGACGAGGAUCUGUGGGCGGCGAUGCAGCGAAGACUGAACCAUGCGGUAACCCGUUACAAGGGGCAGGUGCAGCACUGGGACGUUCUCAACGAGCCGCUUCACGGCAAUUACUUCGCGGACCGCCUCGGGCCGCAGGCUCGUCUGCGUCACGAUCUGAACCAGCUCGCAGUGGCGGGUAUUCCCAUCUGGCUGACGGAGCUCGAUUUCAACAAGGUGCCCGACGAUGCGAUCCGCGCGGACUACUUCGAGUCGGUCAUGCGCGAGGCGUUCGCGCACCCCGCCGCCCGCCUCCGCCACGACUUGAAUCAACUCGCGGUAGCAGGAAUCCCGAUCUGGCUAACGGAAUUGGACUUUAACAAGGUGCCCGACGACGCGAUCCGCGCGGACUACUUCGAGUCGGUCAUGCGUGAGGCGUUCGCGCACCCCGCCGUGCACGGCAUCGUGAACUGGUCCGCGGGGCGCGCCUCGUGCGACAAGUACAAGGACGUGGACCCCGGCAUGUGCAAGCCGUGCGAGGCGUGCUUCUCGGAUUUUAACUACGUCGAUAACGAGCUGGGGAAGAGGUAUGUGCGUCUGCGCAAGGAAUGGAGCACACACCUCAACGCCAAGAUCUCUCCCGGGCAGCCGCUCGCGUUCAAGGGCUUCCACGGCACCUACCGCGCCCGCUUCCAGGUCAACGGGCAGACCGUCGAAAAAACUUUCCACGUGCCGAAUGCACAAGGCGUGGCGCAGAUUAGUAUCCAGCUGUAA